GUACCAACACUAACAAAAAACGAGAAAAAAAUACAAAGGUGUGUUUGAAAGCUAACAAUAGAACAAACUCUUGGCCAAUUGGAAAGUAGGCUCAGACAGACUCAGUGAGUUUCCUGUUUGAAAAGAAUAAGGGGGAGGAUGAUGUAGUGGGUUUUGCUUUGUGAGAGGAACAGAGGGCCAACACAGACAGACGCUCACCGCCACCUCUGAAGCUACAAACUUCAGCAUCCUAUCCAUCACAUGACAUCGGGACCUUAAUAGACUAUAGACACCUCCGACUGUAAUGGACAUCCUCAGCUUCAUCACAGGGUGCACACUUGUCUCGCUUGGUCACUGUUGGAUAGUGAAGGUGCCCAAUACUGUGAAGGCAGUAGAUGGUAGUUGUGUAGAAGUGUCCUGUCACACCGCCCCCCACCACAGGGUCAUCUGGUACCGGUAUCAUAGCAUUCUCUAUCCCAAGGUUUAUAAUGGCAAGGAACCGACCAGUGUGGAGAGCAGCUUUAGAGGGCGUACAUCAGUGCCAGGUAAUGCAUCAGAGGGUGACUGUACACUGAGGGUUGAGAGAGUGACAUGGACAGACAAUAACCUCCAGCUCUACGUGUUGAUCAACCCUGAUGAGUCAGCUACACAAAAUUUCCAUCGUCAGAUCGCAAGGAUUACAAUUGAAAAUAGAAGAGCUCCUGCCUUAUCCAUGAAGAAUGCAAUGGUGGAUGGAGCCUUAUUCCAGGCCAACCGUACUGUCUAGCAUUCCUGCCCAUCCUCUCCUCCAUCCCUUCGCUGGAGCCGUUUGCCUGUCAAUUCUACAGCAGUGACUUCCAUGGAGGAAAAGGGAGGGCUGUGGGUGUCUACUGAGACAAUACAAGGAAGAGGAACGUGCCAACUGCACAAAAAAAAGAGAUGAAAUGCAUAGCUCAAUUCGCUACUUUACAAACUGAGAGUCAACCAGUCAUUCUUAACAUCUCAUAUGCCCCUGUAGGUGUGGAGGUGAUGGUGGAUGAACAGCCAGUCAGUGAAGGUCAUAGUGUCAACCUGGAGUGUGUUGCUGACAGCAACCCCCAGCCAGGCAGGUAUGUGUAGAUCAGACGACAGGGAGGCCAAAGCAUCCAAAUGAAUUCAACUCAGGGCAAAAUGUCCUAUCCCAACAUUAGCAGAGACACCUCAUUCUCCUGCAUUGUCCAAAAUAAUAUUGGAUCAAAUCAGUCAGCCUGGCUGUUAAUGGAUGUCAACUGUAAGUAUCUCAUUGUAUGUGUCUAUGUGUGGUUGCACAGUUUCCAAUGGAACUAACAUUAUAUUUGUACUAUGAGAUGCUAAUUCUAGCGACACAUUAUGUGUGUAAAAUAGAAGAAAGGACUCCUUCCCACACUAACAUAGUUCUAUUGUCAUUGUUUCUCACUCACAACAGGAAGGAAGGCAAAUGUGUAGUGUCAAAAAACAUUUUUAAACCCUUUGUGUCAUUCUGUCACUCCAGUCCCCCCAGCAAUCCUCUCUGACUCCACUUGCUCCUUGAAGGCUGGGAUUCUGCACUGUGUGUGUGUAGAGCAGAAGCCCGACCUAAUGCCAUUCUGCACUGGACAAUCAACGGAAGCAGCACUCUCCCAUCCUCCUUCACUUCCAUCACCAUAUACAGAGAAAAUAUGGUGUCAGCAGAACUCACUGGGCCUGUGGAAAGAGGCCCGAAUGUCUCCUGUGUAGCCAGUAACUCACUGGCCACUGACAUCCAGCAGCUGCCCCUUGACACAAAAUUCACAGCUGGACAGUUUCUGCCAUGGAUGCUGACUGCUCUGGCAGUGUAAGUGUCUUUCUGUGGGGAGCUGUAAUGUUUGUACGCAGAAUACGUUGCAGAGAGUGGUUUGUAUGGUUCUUGAUGAUGAUGAUGUCACAUAUUAAACCAAUAUUGGGUGUGUCAUUUUGAAUGAUGUCUCCCUUCUACAUUAUCUGUAGGCCAAAGGCCAGCUCUAAUCUCCCCACUUUGGAUAUCCCUCUAAGCAGAGACAGGUGUGCUGGAGUCAGAGCAGAUUCCCACCAGCUGAAACCUGUUCCAAUCAAGACCUCUACAAAUACUCAGCCCUGCCACUUCCACGCCGUCAGAUCGUAAUCUCUGCGCAUUCUGCCCACUCUGACUCUGGUCCCUGUGUCCAGUCCUACUUCAGUCCUGCCACUCUGUCCUGGAUCCCCCACUCUACGGCUCCCUGGGAUUCCCCUCUGGAUCUGCUUACCCUGUCCCAACAUGUCUCGCUCCAGCCUCGGCCUCCGGACCUGGUUUACUGCAACCUGCCUUAGCUCCCCCUGGCCUGCCCUCAAUCUUCCCCCUGUGUUUUAAUAAAUACCUUGGUCACCUCAUCCCAGUCACCUGUUCACCUGGGUUCACCUGUUCCGCUUCUUGUGACACAAAAGGGUUCUAACUGGAACCAAAAAGGGUUCUCCUAUGGGGACAGCUGAAGAACCCUUUGGAACACUUUUUCUAAGAGUGUAGCACCUUAAUUAACCCCCUAGUCAAAGGGACACCUUAUGUUGACAGUUAUGCAAAACUUCAUUGAUUUAGGCCCAGUGAUGGCUGUUACACUUGGUUUAUUAUACUGUUGCUUAUCUCAUUAUAUACAAACCACCCAUUCAUUGACUGCUUACUUGUUCUAAUAAAAUGAGCUAGAGAGAACAUUUUUUCAAGUUAAAUUAGGAGCAUGUAAUUAGAAAGAGGUGGACAGUCCUCCCCAACCAAGCUGAGGAGAGUAGUGACUUUAAUCUGCACAAAUAACUUUCCGUGAAGCCUGUGUAGCGGAUAGCCUUGGACUUUCCACCAUAUCCUCUGUUUGAUGAACUGUUGAUAGCUUGAAAGCCAUGGUGGUGAGAAGUGGGGUGAUUCUGUCUGUCUACAUCAUCACCUUCCUGAUUGGCCUGCCUGGCAACAUCCUGGCACUUUACGCCUUCAGCGUCAAGAUCCACAAAAAACCCACUCCCACAGACAUCCUCCUGCUCAACCUGACUGUGUCCGACCUUAUCUUCCUGCUCUUCCUGCCCCUCAAGAUGCACGAGGCAGCCUCCGGCAUGGUCUGGACUCUCCCCAGGCUUCUCUGCAAUGUUACCUCUUUCGUCUUCUUCUCCACCAUCUACACCAGCUCCCUCCUGCUGAUGGUGGUCAGUGUUGACCGCUACCUGUGUGUGGCCUUCCCUGUCCAGUACAGGCUCCGCCGCAAGCCCUUGUACGGAGUGGUGAGCAGCCUGUUGGUGUGGGUCUUCAGCUCGGUCCACCUCUGCUUCAUCUACAUCGUGGAGAACCAGACCUCAUCUGAUUUAUAUACCUGCUAUAACAACUUCACCCAGGAGCAGCUGAAGGUGGUGCUUCCCAUGCGCUUGGAGCUGUGUGUGGUUCUAUACAUCGUGCCACUGCUGGUCUGUGUGUUCUGCUACCUGAACUUCAUCCUCAUCCUCAAUAGGACCCCUAACCUUUGUGCAGAGAAAAGGAAGAGAGCCGUCGGAAUGGCUGUAGGGACCUUGCUUGUUUUUGUUGUCUGCUUCCUGCCCUAUAAUGUCACCCAUGUACAGGGGUUCAUCAUCCAAGACAACGUGGAGUGGCGGCUCUACGCUCUGCUCCUGACCACAGUCAACACCGUCCUGGAUCCUGUGACGUUCUACUUCUCCUCCUCCAUGUUCCAGGCCACCAUGAAGAGGAUCUUAACUGGGAAGCGAAGGAACAGCACACCUGGUGUCUUCAUGACAGCUCAAAACAACACUAGAGACAUAGAGGGACAUAGUAACCCAGCCACAACUGAGGGAGGUUUGUCUGACAAGUGACAGAGCUUUUGAUGACAAUUGAAGACUUCCUAAUAUGGAUGCCAUAUUACGGGGCAGACAGUCACCAGUUCACAGCCAAUGAUGUAGACAAGAGAGAGACCUGCCAGCAGCAUACCUGCCAGGAGAAUACCAACCUACAUCCCACUGCUCACUUAACUAUGAAGCUAAGCAGGGUUGGUCUUAGUUGGUCCCUGGACACAUACAACCACAUGGACACAUACAGUAACAAUUAGUGGUUUGUUGCUACAGUACUCGUCAAGUGUUAGCAAAAUGCUAAUACACAUAUGAUGUUACAUCAACCUUGGGCACAUGGAAAAAUACAUGUUAGGAUUCUGUUAUCAUUUACAUGACUGUUCUCUUGGGAAGUCAAUGUCUGUUUCCACACUAUUUACAAAAUCGAUAUUAAAAUUAGACAUUGGUAUUUCCCUCCCUCCUACACAUAUGUAAUAUCAGAUGUAAGCACAGCAAUGUUUUGCAUUUUAGUUAAUCGUUACCAUGCACUCUCAACUCCUCAUGUUUGCACUGUUCAAUAAGUCUGCUGUACACUCAAACAGGUCUGCUUGUCUGCUAUAUAUGCUAGAAAAUGGAAAUAGAACAUUCUGCUGUUUUGACCAAAGUAACGACCUUCUUGGGAAGUCUGAAUACACAUGGCUGAGCUCUCCAAUUCCUGAUUAAAAAUAAAUACACAUCCACAGCCAGGUAGGUUAUGACCAUUUGGAAUUAAGAAUGUGUUAUCCUUCUCCUUUUAAGGUUGUCACUGUUGAGCUGCAAGUGUACUGUGGGGAGAAUGUAGCUAUAAGCAAAUUGUGAUUCAUUCAUUGGUAAUAAGGAGUUGGCUGAGAUAUUGUAACAAAAAUACAUUGAUCAUUGAAAACGGC